CACUCCCGUGACCUGUAUGAGUGAUCGAAUAAUUAAACGUUAUCAAUUCAAUACCGAUAUCUAUCAAUCGUGUGAAAGUCGCGAAGCUUCCGCAGCCCACAACCGUAAACCGCGUCGUGUUGAACCGAUUUUUCGUGGUAAACCCAAACCUCGCCGGGAUGUGUUAGCCUCAAAAUUCCAUUUAAAUUUAGAUAAUCGUCAAACGGUGUCCCUUGUGUCAUUGGUCAAUAAAAUUGCCACCGAAUACUUAAGUAAAUGUCCACCGAUAAUCUAUUACGACAAUUAUGUAGAACAAUCGGAAAGUUUACUCUUGGAACUGCUAUUCAAAACAUUCCCCUUCACCUAUUAUCAUGGUGAAAUUAAUAAUCGUUAUGUGGCUCAUAAUCGACGCUUGAAAAAUUCCAUCGAUUCAAAUUGCCAAAGUUAUAUUCUGUUUUUAUCGGAUCCGCUGAUGACACGGAGUAUUAUUGGGCCACAGACCGAGAAUCGGGUUUUGGUCAUAUCACGUUCUACACAAUGGAAGCUGAAGGAUUUUCUAUCAUCGGAGAAGUCGUCGAAUAUUGUAAAUCUGCUGGUGGUGGGGGAGUCACUGACCGCGGAUCCGAAUAAGGAACGCCCUUAUGUCCUGUACACCCACAAAUUAUAUGCUGAUGGUUUGGGUUCGAAUAAGCCUGUGGUGUUAACCAGCUGGCUUAGGGGUGGUCUCACCCGCCCUCACAUUAAUCUCUAUCCAAAGAAGUUUGAAAAUGGCUUUGCUGGACAUCGUUUUCAGGUCAUGGCUGUCAAUCAACCUCCAUAUAUUUUUCGCAUUAAAACAUUGGAUUUCACGGGUGUAACCCAGGUCCAUUGGGAUGGCAUUGAAUAUCGUCUACUACAAAUGAUGGGACAAAAAUUAAAUUUCUCCAUUGAUAUUUUGGACAACACAUAUGGGGGGAGAAAUGAGAGACCCCUAGAACUCCUCGAAUACAGUGUGGCUGAACGUUUAGUGGACAUCGGUAUGGCCGGCAUGUACGUGUCAACGGAUAAGCUAGAAAAUGUUGAUUUCUCUGUGGGUCAUUCGAAGGAUUGUGCCGCCUUUAUAACAUUGGCCUCGAAGGCCCUACCAAAAUAUCGUGCCAUAAUGGGUCCGUUUCAAUGGCCCGUUUGGGUGGCUCUUAUUUGCAUCUAUUUGGGCGCCAUAUUCCCUAUCGUUUUCACUGAUCGUUUAACGUUGAGCCACUUACUUGGUAAUUGGGGUGAAAUUGAAAAUAUGUUUUGGUAUGUUUUCGGAAUGUUUACGAAUUCGUUAACAUUUUCGGGAAAAUAUUCAUGGGCCAAUACACAAAAAGUCUCGACGAGGAUAUUAAUUGGAUCCUAUUGGAUAUUUACGAUAAUUAUUACGGCAUGCUAUACGGGUUCGAUUAUUGCCUUUGUUACCCUGCCCGCUUUUCCUGAUACUGUGGAUUCGGUAGUGGAUCUAUUGGGGUUGUUCUUUAGAGUGGGAACGAUUGAUAAUGGCGGUUGGGAGUCUUGGUUCCAAAAUUCCUCACAUGAACCCACGGCCCGUUUAUUCCAAAAAAUGGAAUAUGUCUCCUCUGUGGAAGAGGGUAUUGGCAAUGUUACUCAGAGCUUCUUUUGGAAUUAUGCCUUUCUUGGAUCCCGAGCCCAAUUAGAGUAUUUGGUGCAGGCCAAUUUUACAAAUGAAAAUAUGUCCCGUCGUUCAGCUCUCCACUUGAGCGAGGAAUGUUUCGCCCUGUUCUACAUCGGUUAUAUGUUCCCCAAAAAUUCGGUAUAUAAACAAAAACUCAAUUCCCUGAUCCAGCUGGCCCAACAGGCGGGCCUUAUGAAUAAAAUUGAAAGUGAGGUUAAGUGGGCAAUGCAAAGAUCCUCAGCUGGUAAGUUGUUACAGGCCAGUUCUUCAUCGCCCCUAAGAGAAACAAUACAAGAGGAACGUCAGCUCACCACAGCUGAUACUGAGGGCAUGUUUUUGCUAAUGGGUAUCGGAUAUGCCAUUGGGGCCAUUGCAUUAAUAUCCGAAAUUGUGGGUGGUAUAACUAACAAAUGCCGGCAGAUUAUAAAACGUUCACGACAGUCGAUUUCAUCGGGUUGGUCAUCUAGGCGGGAAAGUAUUGUGGCCUUGCCAGGUCAAGAUAUGAAAAAGAAAGGUCACCAUCAUAAAUCACGGGAAAAGAAAGGCUUCGGUUGGAAGCAAUUGAAUUUGACAAAGACCACGUUAAAGGAACUCUACGGAGAUAAUCAUGAUGAGCUUCAAAAAGGCUAUAAACUGAAAGGUGGUACAACCCUUAAUAAAAAUUCUUAUCACAAUAUGGAAUCGGAAAGUAAAUCAGAUGAUGCCUUGUCCCUUAAAUCGACAGUAAAUGAAUUUAUCAACAAUGAACGGUCGAAUCACAGCAAAACCGAUAUUAUUGAACAAGUUGUGGAUAGAUUUCUGAAAGAAGAAUUGGAAAAUACAUUGAAAAACUUUGAUCAAACUUUGGCCACCUAUCAGGAAGAUGAAGAGGAUAACAGUAAUGGAGAAAAUGAUGACUAUAUAAGAUCCCCAGAAAAUAAUGAAGAAAUAUUUGGUAGUUUUGUCACAUCAUUUCUAGAUGAAAAUGCAAAAAUUCUAGAUAAUUUACAAUUGUUUAAGGAACAUCAAGAAAAUAAUGAAAUACCCCCGGAGAAAGAGAAAAACCACACAUUAAAAUGA